AUGGGUUCCCGCUGUGCCAAGCUCAGCACCGGCCAUGGCACGGCCCAGAACACGGGUCACAGCCGUGGCCACGAGUCCUCCAUGAAGAAGCUCGUGGCCUGUGUGAGUCAAGACAACUUCUCCCUGUCAUCAGAGGGUGAGGAAGAGGAAGAGGAGGAUGAGGAAGAGGAAGAGGAGGAUGAGGAAGAAGAGGAGGAGGAGCAGAUCCCGGUGAAAGGCAAGCUGCUGCUGAUGGAGCCCGAGAAGCAGGAGAGCAUUGAGGACAACGCCGAGGCCCAGCCGAGCCCCGAGCCCAAGCAGACACACUCCUGA